ACUGUCAAAAUACGGGCAAGCAUCAAGCGCUUGCAGCAGGCCAGAAACACUAAACACAGAACCACCAUCGUAGCAAUUUUGGCAUCAUUUUGCUAAAAUGGGUGAAAUAUGUCGUCUUUGCCUGGACUCGCUGCCCAAAUGUACCGGAAUAUCGAUAAAAAAUGAACAAUUUAAGGAAGAGUUGAAGGCUGCUUUUCGUUUUGAAAUUGAUUAUAAAUCUAACCUACCGGAGCUUGUGUGUGAUCGAUGCCGAGAUACAGUUUCGCAUAUACACACCUACAUCCAGGAUGUGUGGUCCAACCAGCAGAGUUUGCUCUUAGAGGCUAACACUACUGUCGUUCAGCCAGAGGAAUAUUUGGUCGAGAAAGACGUAAGUGACACAAAGUUGUUUGAAAAGGAAGAACUGCCAAAGAUACAGGAACCCGGCGUAGUACAGGAUCUGCAGAUUGAGUUCGUUCAGCCUGAUCCGGAUCCGAUCGGUUUGAAUGAUGACGAUGCUAACGAAAAACGCAACAUUGCCAGUAGUGAGGACGACGAUGAUACGCUGCAAGUGAAGGAAAAGGAACUGGCGGAAACGGCGGAAACGGUGGAUCAACCCAGUAGCAAGAGGGCUAAGACAUCGGUCUCCGAUAAACCGAAAAAGACGCGUGCAAAUCGAAAGGAAAACGACAAGAUCAUCGACGAGUUUUACACCAUGGAGUGUGAGAUCUGUUCGGCACCUGCAAAUAACUUUGGGACGUUGGUAAACCAUUACCGUGCGGAGCACGAUAUGAAGGGCUACGUGCGGUGCUGCGAUAAGCAGUACUUUAAUCGGUCCUACCUGGUAGACCACAUUGCAUCGCACAAAGGAUUAACGCGGUGCGAGAUUUGCGACCGUACUUACAAAACAAUGCGCUACCUGAACCAGCACAUGAGCGAGAGUCACAGCCAGCGAGAUGCAAAACCAUUCAAAUGUACCCAAUGCCAUAUGGCCUACUCGAAGGAGCAUCUGUUGCGAGCGCACAUGCAGAUGCACGUGAAGAAACAGUGCCAGUUUUGCCAGAAGAUGUUGUCCAACCAUUACUCGCUGAAGUUGCACAUCUCUCAGGUGCACAGCGGUGACAAUCAUCAGAUCUGCGCCACGUGCGGCAAACUAUUUCGCACCAGUUUUGCCAUGGAACGGCACAUCAGGCUCCAUCAUCAGCCGCAGCUGGUUAACUGGGAGCAGUGUGAGCAGUGCGAGAAAUGGUUCGACUGCAAGGAGAAUCUAAAGAAGCACGUUCGACUUAGGCACGACGAAAGGGGCCAGUUUCCCUGCGACAAAUGUGAGCACGUGAGCGUUAAUCGCCGGUCACUGGUAUUCCACAAAAACCGUAUACACAAGGAAAGACAGUUGUUUGACUGCAAGCACUGUGGCAAGCAGCUGCUGUCGAAGCUUGGCCUGCGCGAACACUUGGCUACGCAUUCGAAUGUUCCGCUCUACUCGUGCGAGUUCUGUGACGUGACCUUCAACUCGAGUGCUAACAAAUAUAAGCAUUACAAGAGCAAGCACAACAAAGAGUGGCAAGAUCAGAAACACCAAAAACUGUUAGAUAAAAUGUCUGCUGCCCCAGUAGACGUUGAACAAUUGUAAAUUCACGAACAACUCUCCCUUCACUCCAGCUACUCGAUGCAUUAAUGCUUCGUUCAGGGCUGGUCGGGGUCGAUUCAGCACGCUGGUCAAGUAAGAAUAUGUGUCUGUUUGACUAGCUUUCUAUUUGAAGAACUUCUUAAAACCUCAAACAAAGGAUGUAUUCAUUCCAUAUGGCGACUGCACCACGAGACGAGGUCAUUAUGCUAGGUUAUGCUACAGCGCAUAUAAUAUCUCAACGCAAGGUUAGGAUCACAAAGAAUGUUUUGACAUAAUUGUACAAUUGAAACUAUAGGAUUAGAAAAUAUUGAAUAUUUUAACAGAUUGAUGGAAAAAUAAACGUUCAAGACUUCUAUUAUA